AUGCGCAGGCGAUUGCGAUCUGUAGAUCACGUGGUCUUUGAUCCCGAGAUAGAAGCCACAGCUAGGAGACUCAACGCUGAGAGAAGAAGAAGGGACCAGGAAAAUAUUCAGAGAGAACCAAUGGCUCGUCCUCUUCGAGAAUAUAAUAUGCCAGAUGUCACAUCUACAUCUAGCAUUGCCAGGCCUACUGUAGAGGCCAACAACUUUGAGAUGAAAAUCCAACUGAUCCACUUCAUUCAACAAGACCAGUUCAGUGGCAGCCCUAUGGAGAACCCCAAUGAACAUAUCAAUUCUUUUCUUGAGAAAUGCGACACUAUGAAGAUCAAUGGAGCUUCCGAUGAAGCUCUUCGCCUCCGAUUGUUCCCUUACUCCUUGCGGGACAGAGCAAAAGAAUGGUUGAAAAGUCAUGAAGCGAACAAGUUCACAAAUUGGAAUGAAUUAGCCACUGCUUUUUGUCAGAAGUACUUUCCUCCAGGAAAGACUGCCAAGCUGCGUAAUGCCAUCAGAUCCUUUACUCAAUUGGAUGGUGAAUCACUCUAUAAGCUUGGGAAAGCAGGGGGUGCUCUCAUAGGUAAGACAGCUGCUCAAGCCAAGGCAUUGCUCGAGGAGAUGGCCGCAAAUAGCUACUAUUGGUCUAGUGAACGAUCUACAUCUAAGAAGGGCGGCAAGUAUGAGGUCGAUGCGAUAACUUCACUCUCUAGUAAGGUUGAUGCUUUGUCUCAACAAAUCAAGAAUAUAUCAGUUGGUGCUAAUGCCGAGAUGAAUGCUUUACAAGGGAACAAUGCAAAUUCCAUGUCUCCAGAUAUGAGUAUUGUGGAACAAGAGCAAGUCAACGCUCUGUAUGGCGAUGUUAGACCUAGAAAUGAUCCUUACUCGAAUACUUUCAAUCCUGGUUGGAGGAAUCAUGAGAACUUCUCUUGGAGAAACAAUCAACCUCAAGCACCGCGCAACUCUAACCCCCAUGGAUUUCAGCAGAGACAACAAGGUCCACCCUCUCAACAACCUCCUCAAAAGUCAUAUACCGAUUCCUUGCUAGAAAGACUCUUAGCCAUCUCUGAGGAAACGAAUAAAAAGUUUGAUAGGAUUGAUGCUCACAAUAAGAUAGUUGACACCCAUAUUGCACAACUAGCCCAACAAAUGUCACAUGUGACUCAACAUGUGGCUCAACUUCAAAAGGCACCUCCUCAAUUUCCAGGGCAACCUGAACAAAAUCCUAAGACACAUCACAAUGUAAGUGCAAUCACUUUGAGGUGUGGAAAGACGUUAGAGGAGCCAAUGAAGCGUAUUGUGACAUCAUCGAAGGUUGAUAAAGACGACACUACUGAAGAGGUUGAGAAAGCUCCAUCAAAGCCUGCUAGAAUUUAUGUAGAGCCGGCUCCUUUCCCCCAUCGAUUGGCAAAGGCUAGAAUAGAGAAGAAGUACGGGAAGUUUCUUGAGUUAUUGAAAGAUGUUCAUCUUAAAAUCCCGUUCCUUGAGGCCAUUUGCGAAAUCCCUGCCUAUGCUAAGUCAUUGAAGCAACUUCUGGCUAAGAAGAAGAAGAUUUGUGAAGCUACUACAGUGGAGCUCUCCGAGGAGUGUAGUGCCAUCCUUCUUAAUACACUCCCUCCAAAGCUUAAUGAUCCUGGAAGCUUCACCAUUCCAUAUUCCAUUGGGGAUGUAACUAUUCAAAGGGCACUUUGUGAUCUUGGAGCCAGCGUAAGUCUCAUGCUCAAUGCUAUCUUCAAAAAGCUCAAUUUUGGUGAUCUUCGCCCUACUCGUGUCUCCCUGCAACUAACAGAUCGAUUUAUACGAUAUCCUUUGGGUGUUUUAGAGGAUGUACCCCUCCAAGUUGGCAAGUUAACUAUCCCAUGCGAUUUCUUUGUUAUGGAGAUGCCAGAAGACGUGCACACUCCUAUUAUACUAGGUAGACCAUGUCUUGCUAUUGCUGGAGCUUUGAUUGAUAUGAAGCAUGGUAAGUUGUCCCUCAACGUGGGUGAACACAAGACGGAAUUUGAACUCCAUAAAGCUAUGCCUGUUCCUUCUUUGGGAGAUACUUGUUAUCGCAUCCAUGUUAUUGACAAAUGGGCAAAUAUGUCACCUAUGAAGGGUAGAGAUGUUGACUCACCUCACUGGAGGAUCAAGGGUGACGCGGUAUCUCUUCCACCCAAUGCCACAUGA